AUCGCGCUUGGCGGUGAGAGCGCAUGCGCGAGAGGCGGCUGGCGGUGGCCUGGCGCAGCCACCACAGCGAGAGCGGGGCCGGGGAGCAGCGAGCGGCGGCGCCAUGAGGCCCGGGCAGGGACAGCGAGAUGUGUGGAGGAGUGAAUGCCCAAUGUUGUGUUAGUGCCUGUCUGCCAUGCUGGCCUGUCUACCAGGACCAGGUGACCUCUCCUUUCAGCUUCUUUCUUACCCGCAGAUGAACACUGGACUUCAGAAAUGGGACACUACACAGAAGAUGAGAUCUGCACAGUAUCCUACCCCAGCAGAAUUGGAUGCUUAUGCUAAGAAGGUUGCCAACAAUCCACUGACUAUAAAAAUUUUUCCAAACAGCGUCAAAGUUCCCCAGAGGAAACACAUACGCCGUACUGUGAAUGGACUUGAUACUUCAGGCCAGAGGUAUAGUCCUUACCCGUCUCAGCCCACCACAAAAACAGGCCUGCUCGCGAUAGUCAAAUCUCCAGCUAAAGGAAUUAUCAAAGACUUUGACGGAACACGAGCACGUCUGCUGCCGGAAGCAAUGAUGAAUCCCCCUUCCACACCAUACGUUGCACCUAGCACUUUAAACCACCCCCAGGCGCUUGCUCGCCAGCAGGCCCUUCAGCAUGCACAGACUCUGCCACACCCCCAGAGUAGACCGCAGCCACCAAGCUUAACACACCCUCAGGGUAUACCGCAGCCGCAGACUUUGCCGCACCCUCAGAAUAUGCAGCAGCCACAGAGCUUGCAGCAUCCGCAGACCAUGGCACAUCAGACUCUGCAGCACCCUGCAAACACUUUGCUGCAGCCAGGUUUACAUGGAAGCAGAAAGAUGCCAGAUGCAGAUGCGCCGCCGAAUGUGACCGUGUCUACCUCAACCAUUCCCCUCUCUAUGGCUGCCACUCUGCAGCAGAACCAGCCACCAGACCUGAGCAGCAUUGUGCACCAGAUUAACCAGUUCUGCCAGGCCAGAGCUGGCAUUAGCACUACCUCAGUAUGUGAGGGACAGAUUGCAAACCCGAGCCCCAUAAGUCGCAACCUGCUUAUCAAUGCAAGUACCAGGGUAUCGACUCACAAUGUUCCCACUCCCAUGCCUUCCUGUGUAGUAAACCCUGUAGAUCAUGCUGCUGCUAUUCCUUCUUCUGCCUCUGUUAAUUUACCCAUGGUAAACAUCAACAGGGUGCCAUCUGCAUACCAGAAUGAAAUGAAAUCAGUUGCAUGGAACCAGCACCAGCUUGCACAUCUCCAGCAAAUGUGUGGUGAUGCUGCUGGACCUACUGGACUUGCGGGGAAGCACCCUCAGAGAGAGAUGGCAGGGCAAGGUUUUCCUGGUAAAACUUCAAACUACCCUCAAGAACUGUGCAUGGGCCAGUCUUUCAACUUAAAGCCUCCUAUUGAGAAGCCUACACCUUCCCCACCUGUGAAUGGAUUGCAGGGACCCUUGCCAUAUACUAAUGGGCACUAUUUCCAGCCCAUAUGGAAUAACAUUCUGCCCACACCGAACAGUGACAGCUCUGGAUCACAGGACCUUGCCAUGCCUUUUCAUGGAGGACAGCCAGCAGGGGCACCACUAGAUUGUGCAGCAGGAGCUCAUUAUAGAGCCGGAGCUGGUUCAUCCAGCCAGAAUAGUGUGAUGCAGACCAUGGAUUACCUAAGUGGGGACUUCCAGCAGGCUUGCUUCAGAGAUCAGAGUAUGGCUGUGCUGGGAAAAGUCCAUCGCCCUCCCAUGAACCGAGCGCCUGAACCAACUGAUAGUCGAAACCUUCAUAUUCAGCACCCGGGGUAUAGAUAGGCUGCAGUCACUUUCACAGACAAAAUUAGAGGUUUAGUCUUAAUUUUAAUUAAUAAGCAAAGUAUUUUUAAUUUGCAAACUUGUGUGAUCAUUAUAAUCAUUGAAACAAGACUUAAUGUGUAUUUAAAAGCUUUACAUCCACAUUUUCUCCUGUUAGCAUCAAAUAUAUAACAUGUCUUUUGUUUCAAAUAACUUGAUUACACUACAGCACCCCACAGCUGUUUCUUCACCACAGAAUCCUCUUUGCUCAGCUUUUGCCUUCUGCUUGGUGACUACUUGCUGGACUGUUAAGUUGCUGCAGGGUUCAUAGUUGCAUCUGAUAGCCAGCUCUUUAAAGAGCUAGGUAGCAUAGAUGCUUACAUUUCCAUUUAAAUUUCCUCUGCAGAUUAAGAGCAACAGAAUUUGUUAGGAAGUAGGGCUUAUUUUCAACUCGAAAGCCUGUUUCAUUAAAUGCAUUAAACAUUGACCAUUUGCACUGUCUAGAGGCUUAUUUAAUUGAAAAGGAAGCCUACCUUUGAAAGGAUUUAGCUAGGGUUAUAUAUUUAGGCAUUAACAUAGGAAGAAGCUUUUUGCUAGCUCUUGCAGAGUUCUGCAUUUAUCAUUUUGACUUUGGUCUAUCUCCAGAGUGAAAAGUCCCUCCCAGAUCUUCCGGACACAUUGCUGAGGACAGGGUAUGGGAGUGGCAAUUUUAGGAUGUAGGAUACAUAGCUGCAAUUGUAGCUGCCUCCUUCCCUCUUUGCUUCCACUUCACCAUUUUAAAGCUAACUAUGUCUGAACCCCUCGCUGCUAGGAGUCUGGAUUUCCUGAUACAAAGUGCUGUCUUGAGGUUUUAUUCCAGGAAUCUAGACCCAUUGAUGACCCCACAAAGGGUUCAGUUGCUUCUCCAGUAGUUAGAAUUAAUUUCAGGGUAGAUAAGCGUAGUUAGAAGUCUGUCUCCACUGUAAAGGAAGGGCACAUAGUCACUGGCAUGGCGUUCUCACAUUCCGACAGCAUCAGUGAAAUGAAAGGUAUUUGCUAUGAAAUGAAGCUCUAGCCAUGAGACAUGGUGAGACUUACAACUCUCUAUUCUUGUAUGUUAAAGCACCACCAUAGAUAUGAUAGAACAGGUCUCAUAUCUGGGAAUUACCAUUUAAGCUAUUUUUAAAGUACUCUUUUCCCAGAUUCUCUGUGCCUAACCACUUCUCUUUCCUCCCCAUGUCACCUAAAGCAGCUAAAUGAGUUGGUGACCAAUAGAACACUAACUAUUGGAUAACCUCAGUGUCUUAUUCUCUUCAGCAUAUUGAAACGUCCCUUCUUUUAAAGCUAAAUUUAUUGUAAGUAGGAAGUUUCUCAUCUCUGUAAGUGAGACUAAUACUUGAACAUAAUGAUCACAGUCGAGUUUGGAAUUUAAAAAAAAAAGUAAAUGCAUUGAUUCUUUAGAUGUACACUGGCUACAAAUAUUGCUCUACACUGUAACUUUUAAGUGUAAUAUUUCUGUAUGAAUGUCGCCUGGUAGCGUGGGUUUGAGUAGCAUUGUGUAUGAGUGAACCCACUGGCCUCCGCCAUUCACUGGCCUCCCUCACAGCCCUUUGAAAAACAAAGCCUUAAGUAUUUGCUCCUUGAACUUUCCUUAAUGAGCAUGAUUUAAAAUCUUAAGACAUCAUACAAAAUUAAAAAAAAAACACAACUUCUUACAAGUUUUGAAGUGAUGUCAUAGUUGGCUAGAGAUUCUUAAAGAUUUUCGUAAAUGGAAAAAAUUAGAAAACAUUUAUUUGUAUUUUUUAAUUUAGACGUGUAGUUCUGGGCUGUAACAAAUAUUUAGGUUUCAAAGCUUAGCAGAGUACGUUUUCUGAUUCCUUGCGUAAGAGAGUACACUUAUACCAUGUCAUUAUUUAAAUUCUUUUAAGUGUACUAUAAACCGUUCUUUAGCGAUUACUCUUUAGCGAAGUUAAGCAGUCUGCCUAAAGACGGAUUAAAUUAUGUGUUGGCUUGUGUUGCCUUAUAUUUAAAAGGAAAAAUUGCCUGAUUGUGUUAUGCCAAAUGAUAGCAACAUGAAGUCCUAAUUUAUUGUUUAUAAUCGUAUUCCUGCAGUCUUUGUGAAAACUGGUAAAUAUACAUCUAUGAAAGAACUAAAAUCUAAGGCUUUUCAUGCAAUAUUUUUCUGAAUACAUUAUCUUGGAAGCCAAGGAUUGAGUCUGAAGCUGCUUCCCUUCCAUUUUCCCUGUCGCCUUUUCCCCUCCUCCAAAUUGAUCUAGGGCUGUGCUGUGACUUUAACAUUUCCCACUGAGUUAGUUAUUGUAAGGGGUUCUGCUACCUGAAAUACCUACUUUUUAUUCAGUCCAUUAGCCUGCUGAGAAUCCAAACCCCUGACUGUGAUUCUCCUUCUGCCCUCCCCCUAAACAGAGAGCUAGUGAAACCCCAUGUUUUGGCUCUUGACAAAAAGUGGUUUAAAUGUCUGAAGUUAUGCUAAUGUUACAGUAAGCCAUGGAAGAUAGUCUGAGAGUCUUGUCAGGAGUUGUUCUGCACUAUUAACUGCAAAUAGAAUCCUCACCUCUGAGACUUUGGCCUGGUGCAGCAGGACUGUGAAGCAAAAAUAUUCAAGACACAUCCAGGUAGGACAUUCCAUUAGCCUGUUUAAAAAAAUAACAAUUUUGCUAUUAAAACCUACUCAGAUAUUUCA